AAUAACACAAUGUCGUCGUCGGUCGCGUCCGAGGGAGACGCGAGAGCCGAGUGAGGAUCGCGUGCAGCAGCGGCGAGCGUGGCGACGAUGUCGAGGUAGUCGCCGUCGGUUUCUCUCGGCCCCUUCUCUCUCCUCUCUCUCUCUCUCUCCCUUCCUCGACCGCGAAACCGAGGAGGUGAGCGCGCGCGGAGCCCCGUCCGUCCGUCCGUCCGUGCGUGUGUGUGCGUUCGUGGAUAUUCACGCGCGGAGGUCCGCCGUCGAGGUGAACGCUUGCGGAAAGUCGACGGUGCCGCGGUUGGUGUCGGGAGGUGGUCUCCCCGCGUCGUCGUCGUCGUCGUCGCUCGGAUGCGCCGUCCCUGUUGAACGGGAGACUCGCGGACCGCCACCGUGGACCACCGCCUCCUGGUGCCGGACAGUGGCCCGCGAACAUGGAGGACUACAAGUUUCUCUUCAAGGUCGUGCUCGUGGGGAACGCCGGCGUGGGCAAGACCUGCCUGGUGCGACGGUUCACUCAGGGUCUAUUUCCGCCUGGGCAAGGUGCAACAAUUGGAGUUGACUUUAUGAUUAAAACCGUUGAAGUAGAAAACGAAAAAGUCAAGUUGCAAAUCUGGGAUACUGCAGGUCAGGAAAGAUUUCGUUCCAUUACUCAAAGUUAUUAUAGAUCAGCACACGCAUUGAUAUUAGUUUAUGAUAUUUCUUGUCAACCUACGUUCGAUUGUUUGCCAGAUUGGUUGAGGGAAAUCGAGGAAUAUGCGAGUAAUAAAGUUCUUAGGAUAUUAGUAGGAAAUAAAAUUGAUCGAGAGGAUAGAGAGAUACCGACGCACGUGGGAGAAGAUUUUGCACAAAGGCAUGGCAUGUACUUCUUAGAAACAUCCGCGAAAGAGGCGGAAAAUGUAGAGAGAUUAUUUAUGGAGAUAGCAGCUGAACUUAUGGAGCAAGCACGCAGUAAGGAAUUACCUCGGUAUGAAACGAAUACAACUUCAGUAAACGGUAAAACGACGUCAAUCGGUGAUAGUAGUAAUUGCGGUUGUAGCAGACUCUCUUAAAUAAUUUUUGUAUGUUAUAUUAUACCUUUUUUUAUAGACACACGGUGAUUGAAAAUCGAAGCGUAUCAAUAUUUGAUAAUUUUAGGAAACGUAUAGUACAUGUAUAUCUUUGAUACACAGUGUUAUUGUUUAGUGUUAUGAUAUUAUACGCUACGUUGCUUUAUACUAUGUUGUAAGAUACCAUUUAAUAUUUGAAGCAUAUUUAAAACGAGAAAUUUUAAUAUGUCAUUAAGCACUCUAGCUUUUAGGACAUUAAAUUUUUAUAGAUAUAAUAGCGCAAUUUUACGCUCCCUUAUUGCGUUUUGUUUAAUCGAAGUAAUACCGCUUGAAUGUGUUAAAUUGUUUAAGCAUUUAUUUCCAUUUACGCAAUGGAAAUUUUAUUUAAUACAACUGUAGCGUUUCCCUUUGUUACUUCGAAAGUACAAAUAGUUAUAUUGUCACAAUGGGGAUUUUGGUACUCGUCCAAAAUCUUAUUAGUAAUAAUAAGAUUUUUACAACACGUCACACAAGCCUAUGAUGUAUAAAAAAAAAAGUUAUUUCUAAUGUGUGCAAUAUUUACAUGUGUUUAACACGCUAUUUUUUGAAGGAGGCAGCUCACACAAAUGUGCUCACAACAGCAUGUUAAAACGAAAGCUUAAAUGACAUUGUAAUUCUACAAUACAAUAAUCAACGAGAAUAAUUUUUUAUUUUAAUUGAUUAUUUAUUAUGUGACAAUUUAGAAAAGAGUGAUAACAAGAUAUAUAUGAUAUUAUCAUGAAGUAUUUACUAGCAAUUUUAUGAUCAGAUCUUUGUUAUAUUUACUUUAUAUUUAUAAUUUAAUCUUAUAAACACGAUAUAGUUGAUUAUUAGUUAUUUUAUACACAACUCGUAUAAAAUGUCUAGUCUUUUCACUUCUUUUAUACUUUAUAUACACCGAUAUACAUAACUGUUACAGAUAAUAUAUAUUUUUUUGUAAA